GAUGUCACGGGAAUACCAGGAGUUGACAGCUGUGAUUGGGUAGACUGGAGUGACGAGGAGGCCGAAGGACCAAUAGUAUUGCAGAUCGGAAGACAAGUCAACCAAUUAGCGGAGAGAAGGCGGGGCUGUGUGCAAGCGGUUCGUUCGGGUCUGGUGAGAAUACUGGGGGGGGGGACCCCCUUAACGACCAAACUUUUGGAAUAAAAGGGAAUCAUGACAUGUGCCCUUAAUGGGUUAAUUCCCACUAAAUCCUGGCUCCAUUUCACACAGUGGGGUUAAUAGGAGGCUGGGCCGCGGAGCUGACAAUCUGUAAACCGACCAACAAACUAACACUAUUUACCACCGAGCCCACGUUAAUCUAUGGAGAGCUACUUAGAGAGAGCAGCAGGGAGGCCGGCAGCCUGGGGUGAGGGGCGAGGGAGGCGGCAGCCUGGGGAGAGCAAGAGCAGCCUAGAGAGGACGAGGAGGCCCGGCAGCCUGGGGAGGGCAAAACGAAAAGCCUGAGAGGACGAGGAGGCGGCAGCCUGGGGGGCGAGGAGGGCGGCAGCCUGGGGAGGCGAGGGAGGGCCGGCAGCCUGGGGGAGGCGGCGGGGGAUGAGGGAGGGAGGCUGGGAGGCGGCAGCGGUGAGCGGGGGAGGGCCGGCAGCCUGGGGAGGGAUGAGGGAGGGAGGCUGGGAGGGCAGCGGCAGCGGUGAGCGGGGAGGGCGGCAGCCUGGGGGAGGAGGGGCGAGGGGAUGAGGGAGGGGGCUGGGAGGGAGCGGCGGCCGGUGAGCGAGGGCCGGCAGCCUGGAGGGGGAAGCGGGGGAUGAGGGAGAGCGGAGAGUGUUCAGUCUAUGGAGAGCUACAGAGUUCAACUAUGGAGAGCUGCAGGAUUUAGGUUUCAGUCUAUGGAGAGCUGCAGGGUUUAGGUUUCAGUCUAUGGAGAGCUGCAGGGUUUAGGGGUCAGUCUGUAGAGAGCUGCAGGGGUCAGUCUGUAGAGAGCUGCAGGGGUCAGUCUGUAGAGAGCUGCAGGGGUCAGUCUGUAGAGAGCUGCAGGGGUCAGUCUGUGGAGAGCUGCAGAGAGGUCAGUCUGUGGAAACUGCAGGGGUCGUCUAAUGAAGCUGCAGAGAUCAGUCUGUGAAGCUGCAGGGUCCAGUCUGUGAGAGGCACAGGGGUCAGUCUGUGGAGAGCUGCAGGGGCAGUCUGUGGAGAGCUGCAGGGGUCAGUCUAUGGAGAGCUGCAGGGGUCAGUCUGUGGAGAGCUGCAGGGGUCAGUCUAUGGAGAGCUGCAGGCUUCAGUGUUUAGUCUGUAGAGAGCGGCAGGGGUCAGUGUUUAGUCCAUGGAUAAUUGCAGGGUUCUUUAUUUAGUGAACUGCAUGAUAAAACCCAUAUUUUGAUAGAAUAUAAACCUCAGGAAAAUCUCUUUUUCUAUUAUCCUAAUCUUUCUAGUGAGACCAAUGGAUGGCGAGUCGGAUUUCAUUUCUUGUCUGAUCUUUUAUAGAUAAAGGAAUUGGUGCAGUUGCAGCACGCUGGGAAGGACAGGCUCGCACCAUGGCACUUGCUAAGGUGAAAGUGGAGAAGACAGGUGAGAGAUAAGUGAAAUUUGCUAGAUUUAUCCCACAUUCCAACGUUGAAGGAGUUAUUCACUAAACUGUGAGCUUUGAAGAUGCUGCCUAUUAUAUUCAGAUUGUACCAAGUCCCAUGUGCAGUGCUUAUCUCUAAUUUUAGCGCAAGUACUUAAUAUUUAGUUGGAUGGGUAUUUUUCCUGUGUGAAAUUAAUGUAUUAUCUCCGGUCUCUCGUUCUUCACAACGUAUGUUAGAUCUGGAGGCAGAGAUUGCCCGGAGCCGACUUGAUGCCGUCUUACAGGGACUCCUGGACAAGAGUGAUAUAGACCGGUAAGUUAACCAUCUGUUACUGCCGAUAUAUAAAUUCUUUCACUGAAUUGCGCAUAUAUAAGCUUUGGCUAACUUUUAGACUGUAUCUUCAUACAGGGUUAUGUCCGAAUGGAUUCAAUUUAUACUACACACCAGUGGCGUCUCUAGGAUUCAUUUUUAGGGAGGGCAUAUAGUGGGCCAGGGACAAAAGUAGGGGGGCACAUUUAACCAUGCCCUCGGCGCAGUUUGACCGCGCCCCUGCUGCAUGUUAAGCCCCGCCACAGUGUUUUUUUUUAAAAAAUAAUCCCUGGUGGAGGAUUUAUUAUUUUCCACCAGGGAUUAUUCAAAAACAAAACACAUUUCCCUUGAUACAGUGCCAUAGAUGGCACUGUAUCCAUUGUGGCAGGAUGGCCAGGCUCUAUGUAGGCAAUAAACUUCAAAUGCAACAGUCAGGAUAAAAUAGUAGUGCAGUUUGUCACUUUCCACAAUAUAUACAUGGUUGUGCUCUCCCACAAAAAGAAAAUAAAUCCUACUCCAACUUGGAGACUUACUAAACAACAGUAUUACUAACUAUUCAACUGGCCAGCUAAUCUGGUUCCCAGUUUUAAACAAAAUGAAAUACAGCACUUUAAGCAGGUUUCACACAGUACCUUUUUCUCAGAGUCUCAGGCUUAACUGCCUCCUCCCUCCCAGUUGUUAGAUUCCCCCAAUGUCUUCAGAGGCUAACCUUUUAAAACCCUAGUGCUGGUUAAUUACAUUCACCUGGUUGAUAACAUUCAAGGGGUGACUCCCACCAAUUAACCCCAUCAUGCUGGGAAUAGAGAGCGCUCAAAUCUAAUACUAGCAUAAAAAGCUUCUCUGACCCUGCCACACCAUAUAUACACAUAGACACACACAGACUGCUGAGUCCAUACAUUCACACCCACCGACUGCCGAGUCCAUACACACCCACACAGACUGCUGAGUCCAUACACACACCAAAGCUUCCUCACUAGCAGACACACACACACAGACUGCUGAGUCCAUACACACACACAGACUGCUGAGUCCACACACACAGACUGCUGAGUCCACACACACAGACUGCUGAGUCCAUACACACAGACUUCUGAGUCCAUACACACAUACACACUGCUGAAUCCACACAGACACGCAGACUGCUGAAUCCACACAGACACGCACACUGCUGAGUCCAUACACACAUACAGAAUGCUGAGUCUAUAUAUACACACACACACAGACUGCUGAGUCCAUAUACACACACACAGACUGCCGAGUCCAUACACACACAUACAGACAAAGACUGCUGAAUCCACGCAUACACACAGACUGCUGAGUCCAUACACACACACACACACACAUACAGACACAGACUGCUGAGUCCAUACAUACAGACACAGACUGCUGAGUCCAUACACAGACACACACUGCUGAGUCCAUACACACACACACACUGCUGAGUCCAGACACACACACACACAGACUCCUGAGUCCAUACACACACACAGACACACAGACUGCUAAGUCCAUACAUACACACACACACACACACACACAAGCCUGUUACAGUCCAAGGGAAUAGAAUUUAAUAACAUGGCCAGCAAGCUGCCAGCAUUUUGGGAGGCACAGUAUGAUGUAGGGGGGGCCCGCGCCCCCCCUAGUGACGCCACUGCGACACACCUAAAGUGUCAUGUUAAAGUGUUUUAUGUGUGCAGAUUUUAUCCUUUUUUUUCUCAUUUUAUGAAAAGUGCAGAUUUCAAUAGAAAUUUACACAUUUAUAAAUUAACCUGGUUACACCCCCAGUGUCCAAAUAGAGGGAACAAAAAAUGUUCAUGUGAUAUGUGCUUUCUGAAGGCUGAUUUGGUUUAAAUGUUGGAAUUCCCUGUGAAUUCACCAUGGAUUCCAGACCGUUCACACUUUAAUAAAUAAGCUUUAUUUAUUUAUAUCAGAAGGUGUGAUCUUUGUGUCUUUUUCUAGGGAGCAGAUAGAUGAUGAGGUUGGGAAAGCAUCUGGAGAUCUUCACUGCAAGUAAGACAUUUGUUUUCUGUGAAUGAUCCGAUAAUCUGUUUAUAAUGAGAUAAAGGAAAAUGAUUCUACUUAAAGCGGCUCUGACCGCCCCAAACAAAAUAAAUCUUUAUAAACUGCUCACAGUGACUGUGUUGGGAUGUCACUGGAAAAUCUAUCAUAAGACAAAUUAGGGACCACUGUGUCUUGUGCAGCACAGCGCUGACCUGGGCUCCUGGCAGGUGAGGAUCCCCCAAAUGGACUGUACAACCUACCUUCCCCUGCAGCCCUCGGCCAAACACACUAAGAGAUCAUGUGACCAUUGGGGAUCUUUGCAAAAUAAAUGCUAAGGUUAGAGAUCUGCUUUAACCAGUCAUUUAUUUAUAUUUUUUUUAUGACUUUAAUGAUUAAUGUUUAACUUGCUGUUUUUCCGUUGCUUAGUAGUAGAUAUUCAUUUUCCAGCUUAAAAUGUUUUUCCAAUUGACGGGAAGUACAGAUGGGUUUUUUAGCAUUUCUUUCAUUUCCCAUCAUUUGUGUUUAUUCCACAAUAAUCCCCAGCAUGUACCACCCCUCCCUUUCCUGAUAGGUUGCACUUUGUAUUAAUUGGCGAGACGCUGGUCUGUAAAUAACACAGUAGGGGAAGGGGCUAACAGUGUGUGCCCUAAAGGACCACUAUAGGCACCCAGACCACUUCAGCUUAAUGAAGCGGUCUGGGUGCCAGGUCCAUCUAGGGCUAACCCUGCCUGCUGUAAACAUAGCAGUUUCAGAGAAACUGCUAUGUUUACCUAUGGGUUAAUCCAGCCUCUAGUGGCUGUCUCAUUGACAACCGCUAGAGGCGCUUCCACGCUUCUCACUGUGAUUUUCAAUUGGAAAGCAUUGAGAAUUGCCGCGCAUUCAGCCGAUGACGACCGGAGGAGGAGGAGAGUCCCCAGCGCUGAGGGAGCCCGGCGCUGGAGAAAGGUAAGGAUUUAACCCCUUCCUCCCCCUUCAGCCCGGCGGGAGUGGGGCCCUGAGGGUGGGGGGGGCACCCUCACGGCACUACAGUGCCAGGAAAACGAGUUUGUUUUCCUGGCACUAUAGUUUUCCUUUAAGCAUUAUUUCCCAAAGUUCACUUCCAGCCAAAGACACACUGUCCCACCAUGCUCAAAACAUGACAAGUGUGAUGACAUCUUUUUUUUUUUUUAAUAGUGCACAAAUGCGUAAAGAUAAUUUGUGGACUGGACGAUUUCCCUAUUUUCUGGGAAUUAAUUGCAACUAUUUUGGAAAAUAACCUGUUUCAGUAGUAAAUGGCAGAUAGCGUUGACUUUUUAUAUUCUUCUUUCUUGCAGAGAUUCAUCUCCCAGUGCCGGGGGGAAAAGGUAAAAGGUUCAAUGGCUUUAGCAGAACACAAGUCCUCAGAACGGAUCGGUACUUUGAUCCACACUGUAAUUAGUGUGGUUUCUUGAAGUCUCAUAAUGUACCAGCAAUUUAUUUUAGUAAAAUAUAAGGCUAAACUGCUUUCAGAAGACACUAAUGUUGCAAAAUGUUAACAAAUAGGUCACCCUGUUACAAAAUGUUAGAUGUUGCUGUUAUUUAUAGAGGCCUGCCUAAUUAACCCCAUGGAAUCCCGAGGUUAAUAAAAUGGCUGGAAAGAUAUUUUUUAAAGCAGAACCCAAGGUAAUUAUUUUAAUAGUUUCAGCUUUAACAGUUUAUCUUUAAAUUACUCCAUGUUAGUUGUGACUGUGGCCCUAGUAAAGGAUGAACUUUGUCAGGGGUUUAAUCUGACGCUAAAUAACGUUAUUCAAACAGGUAACUGAACACAAUACGCGGAAAAAUCUUCUAUACAGCUCAGAAGGCAGUGUCUCCAUUGCUCCAUUAAAAUGAAAACAUUGCUAGUUUCAGCAUGUUCGAACCAACAACAGCAAUCACAAAAAAUGGUUAAAAAUUCAAUGAUAAAGUUACAAUGGCAAAUAUGCCCAAGGAUUCUUAUUGAGAAUAAGCAGCUGCCCAAAGGAACACGAGCUGAAGGUCAUCCCUAACAUUCCAGUCCUCCAGACGGUUUCCAGCUCAGUGGUGAAAAACUAAAAUGGCUGCCACAGUUUAUAGCAGAUAUAUGUCUUGCCUUGUUUUUCGUGAGUUCAACACUACUACACCACUGGCCAGACUUAACGGUACUCGUUACUGCACACCUGGGUGGUCCAGGCCUCACUCCACAGGGGGCGAGUUAGCACUCAACAAUGGCUAGUGAGCAAGUGGGAAUUUUGAGCCCUGAUUUUUUGCAUCCACAUUCUGAUUUAGAGUAAUUUAUACCAGGAAAUUACCAUUUAGCUCAGGGCUAGAGAUUCUAUAAUCUCAAUGCUUCCGUUCGACCUCCCCUACACUGUCAGAAUAUUUCUAAAGGACAUUUUCUCCUCCAUCUAGGCCUUCGGGGAGGCUCUCUCAGCACCGGCGGAAGAAGAGGAAAGAAGAAGAUGGCAUCACAGAAGGCAGCCAGCCGAAAGCUAGUAAGGACACAGACUAAACAGAAUCAGUAUACCAAGUCCAUCAGCUAUAUUUCCUUCAUAGAGCAUCACACAGUUUCAGGGGGGAUUGAAAGGCCACAUCAAUUUCUAGUUGGCCACAAGCAUCACUUUAUUAGAGUUCUUCAGGUUUAUAUAAUACAGAGAGAGAAUUGUGGCUCUAAAAUUGGACAUUGAGCUGUAACAUUUUGUUGGUUUCUAUCUUGUAAAGAAUAAUCCCUAGUUCUUAAUAAACUCAUCCACUUUUCCAGACACGUUUAUUAUUCGGCUCUUUGACCGGAGUGUGGAUUUGGCACAAUUUUCCGAGGAUACGCCCCUCUAUCCAGUUUGUCGAGCUUGGCUGCGGAAUACCCCAACAGUGAGAGCACUCGAACAGCCCCAAACACCACCACCAGCAGAAGAGGUGACCUAACCACGUCCUUGUUAAAAACGUUAACACUUCAAGGGAAAAUACAUGACACUGAUUUUUUUUUUUUGAGGAAGAAUAUUUUAACCCCUAAAAUCUUAUAUUUACUCUAGUAUACUGCUGCUGGCUCUGCCCCUGAUCUGCCGGCUUGGCUGACAUAAUCAGAAGUGUUGAUCUAAGCUAAUCACAAUGUUUUCCCAUAGGAUUGGCUGAGACUGCCAAGUAGGCAGACCAGGGUCAGAGCCAGCACAAGCCAAACACAGCCCUGUGAACAGAGGUGUAACUAGAAACCACAGGGCACCGGAGCGUUUCACACACUGUCAUGUAGACACACACAUACAUACAGACAUACAAACAUACACACACAUAGACAUGUAGAUACACACACAUACAUACAGAGACACCUACAGACACACAUACACACACAGACAGACACUAACACACAUGCAAAAUGUUUAAGUCACCCUCCUGUUUCCUACCUUUUAUAUGCAGGAGGGUGACUUCCUUGGGGUCCAGUGAUGGCUCAGCCUGAUGGGAGUCAGAGUUUCCACUCUGACUCACUCCUCUUUUCCUCCCGCACGGCUCCCGGUGUUUGCUGGGAGGAAGUGACAGGGGCAGUCACUUACUCCCUGCGGCGCUUUAAGAGUGCGACUGGGCCCCCUUGUAAUAUUUUGCCACAAGGUGGCCCUAACAGCAAGGGCCACCCGAUGGGCCCCUGAAUGUGCGGCCCCAGCAGUUAUACCGCGUGGGCCAGGGCUGCAACACGUGCCGGCGAGCACCCUGUCGCAGGGUGCCUGCGACCGCGGUAGUUCCGCCACUGCUUGUGAAUCAAUGCACCUCUAUGAGGAAAGUUAAAGGACCACUAUAGUGCCAGGAAAACAAACUCGUUUUCCUGGCACUGUAGUGUUAAUAGGUCCCCCCCACCCUCAUGGCCCCCCUCCCACCGGGCUCUAGUGGGAGGAAGGGGUUAAAUGCUUACCUUUCUCCAGCGCCGUGCUCCCUCGGUGCUGGGGACUCUCCUCACUCUUCCGACGUCAUCCGCUGAAUGCACAUGUGCGGCAAGACCCGUGCACGCAUUCAGUCAGUCCAUAGGAAAGCAUUCCUCAGUGCUUUCCUAUGGACGCUGGCGUCUUCUCACUGUGAAAAUCACAGUGAGAAACGUGGAAGCGCCUCUAGCGGCUAUCAAUAAGACCGCUACUAGAGGCUGGAUUAACCCCAAUGUAAACAUAGAAGUUUAUCUGAAACUGCUAUGUUUACAGCAGGCAGGGUUAACCCUAGAUGGACCUGGCACCCAGACCACUUCAUUGAGCUGAAGUGGUCUGGUUGCCUAUAGUGGUCCUUUAAGUGUCUCCAGGCAGAGGGUGGAGGCACUGAAUGUCAGUCACACUGUGCAGCAUAACCCAAGGAAGUACCUCUUGCAGCCUUCUGAGUGUCCAGUGUAUCCUUAGGCUGUAAUGUAAACACUGCAUUUUCUCUGAAAAGACCGUGUUUACUGCAAAAAGCCUGAAGGUAAUGAUUCUACUCACUAGAACAAAUUCAAUAAGCUGUAGUUGUUCUGGUGACUAUAAUGUCCUUUUAAAGGCGCAGAUCAUAACAAGCUAAAAAUGCUUAAAGAAAUAAUGCAAUUCUUGUUUUAAGUGUAAAUCCCAACUGUCAUGUAACAAAAAUAUUAUUAAUUAAUUGGGGAAAAUAUUUGAUUAUUUCUACUUAUGCAGGUUGAAGGAGUUAAUGGAAGCACACAAAAUUUGUACCAGUUACCCCCACCUUUGCCAUGCCCAGUGACAGAGGAUGGAGAGCCCAUUAACUUGAGGAUACCCUCUCCCCUUCGAGAAGAUAGCGAACCCCUCAAUCUGAACAUGGUAAGGGCUAUAAUAACAUGUUUUUCAAAUGUCCAAAUAUUCUGAUUACGUCCACACAGCCUUCUCCAUUACACCCUGUAACCUGAUCUCUGAGUGUGAUUCCUUGCAGCCUCCAAACCUAACGCCCAGCAUGUCCACGUUAAUUAACCAGAAUAUGGAGCGAUGGAAGAAGAUCCGUCAGAGGUACAACAGAACGAUGCUUUCGUUGCAGAUUUAACUUGAUGUUUAAUGGGGUUUGCUAUAAUAGAAUAAUAAAGGAAUUCUAAAACAAUGGAUACAGGAUUUGAG